AUGCAGUCGCAGAAGACUUGUUAUGAGCAGCAGAAGAUCCCACAUGAGGAUGUCCAUGUCAAGGUUGUGGUUCGCUGUCGCCCGUGCGCGGAGGCGAGUGAGGUGUUGGAGUUGCGUCCAGCGCAAAAGGAGAUUUGUGUUUUCGAUGUGCACAAGGGGCCUCAGGAGCACCGUUACAUUUCGAACAGGAAUCGUGCGUCAACAGCUGAUGACCAUAGCCGUAGUGUGAGUAACCAUGGGUUAAGUAUUCAUGGGUUGAGACAGCAGCCUACGGAGGCCAAGAGCUACGUAUUUGACGGGGUGUGCGGACCUGAUACGACGCAAGAGGAGUUAUUCGAAGCGCAUAUUGUGCCGUUGGUAGAAGAAGUACUACAAGGUUUUAAUUGCACCAUCUUCGCUUAUGGUCAGACGGGUACAGGCAAGACGUACACUAUGGAAGGGGAUUGGAAUCGAGAUUUAGGUAGCGAACCGAGUACCCCGAACCUGGGCGAGAAUGUGCCUACUCCCAACACUAUAAGGGCGGGACGAACGCCUCUAAAAACGCCGUCUAAGAUGUGUGUUGGAAGUGGAAUUCCCACACCGCCACUAGGUGGAUACAAUGGCAACAUCCAAUUGCCAAAGGGUGUAGGUAUGAUACCUAGAUCAGUAGCAUUGAUUUUCAAGAGGUUGAACAAGAUGAACUGCGAGUCAAGCUUGAAAGUAAGUUUUCUCGAAAUAUACAACGAAGAUUUAGUGGACUUACUCCAGAUGGGCGACAAACUGCCCCUCCGAAUAUACGACAACACUCUGGUGACUCGAGGACUUGCUGUUAAGAACCUAACAGAGAUCCCUGUCAGUUCGUUACCGGAAGUUUACAAAGUACUUUCUCAUGCUACGAAGAAACGCAAGACAGCGGAAACAUCACUGAAUCGGCAGAGCUCCAGGUCCCACUCUAUCUUUGCAAUCACUAUCACAAUCAAGGAGAUUUCCACGGAUGGUGAAGAUGUAAUUCGCAUCGGCAAACUCAACUUGGUCGACUUGGCAGGCAGCGAAAAUAUUCAACGUAGCGGUACAGAUAGCAAUACUCUCAGAACCAAGGAAGCCGGGAUCAUCAACCAGUCACUUGUAGCUCUCGGUCGAGUCAUCAACGCCCUCAUCACACCCAGCUCCUAUGUUCCGUACAGAGAUAGCAAACUCACUCGAUUACUCCAAGAUAGCCUAGGAGGAAGGACAAAGACAUGCAUUAUCGCCACCAUCUCUUCCUCCAUUCAUAACUUCGACGAGACGUUAAGCACAUUAGACUACGCCCAUAGAGCUAAACAUAUAAAGAAUACUCCGCAGGUCAACCAGCGAAUGAGCCAAAAAUUCCUCAUGAAGGAACUGCAUGCUGAACUUGAUAAGCUCAAAAGGGAAUUGCAAAUUGCAAGGGAACGGAGCGGCGAGGUACAUCUCACCAACGAGACCUAUAAAGAGAUAGAGUUACAAUUAUACGAAUUUCAUGAAUUACAAAAGACCUCAAAUAAUAUGAAAAUCAAAUUAGAACAAGAAUUAACCGCGAGUAACAAUAAACUUAAUGAAUAUAAACUUGAAUCCGAGCAAUACUUUCAGGAAUUGCGAGAAUUAAAUGAUGAUUAUAACAACCUGCGCAAUGAAUUAAACAAAAUUAACCAGGAUUAUUAUCUGGAAACACGCGUGUCUGAAAAAUUAUGGGGGUUAGCAACAUCACUGAAGAAUAAGGAAUCAUACUUUGAGCAACAUUUUCUGGCAAUAGGCUCGUAUCUUCUUUCGUUCAUACAGCACUAUGAGCGGCUCUUGGAUCACGCUCUGGAAUUUCAGCAUAAAAACACGAAUGUUAAUAACCAACUGAUUAACGAGAAUGAUAGUUAUUUAACUACGUAUUUAGAGAUAAUUGACAGGAUUAAGACAAUUAUUAAGGGUGACUUGGAGAAGUCGAUGAGAUAUGUGAAGAAUAUAAUUGUGGCAUUGGAGAAGAGUCAAAAUCUGGCUUUAGAGUUAUUUGAGAAUUUAACGACGCAGUGCCAGAAUAUGACAGGGUUCUGUGAGGCCGCUUUCAGGAAGACGCAUCAGCUUUACGCCGAAAAAUUUACGGAGACAUUGGCUGUGAUAAAGAAUGAGUUUGGGACGAAGCUGAUUGUUGGAUUGUAUAAGUUGAUAGAGAAGAGCGAGGACGUGAGGAGCUAUAUCACGAAGACAGAGGCGACUUGGAACCAAUCAUCUUCAAGUUCAAUAAAAAUGAUAGAGGACAUUGGACGGGAAAGCGGCGAGUACUGUAGAAAUGUACAAGCGUGGUAUAGGAAGGUGUAUAAAGACGGAUCUGCAGGGGAUGGAUCACAUGCUACAGGUUCAAUCCGAGCUGGUUCUCCUUCUUGGCAAGGUGGCAAGUCCGAGAUGGACAUUAACAAGAGGCCUUGUGUAGUUGAGUCAUUGAAGACGAACUUGAAAGAAUUUAACGGGACGUUGAUGGACUCCGUGAAACUCCGGUUGGCUGGACAAGAGGCUCUUUUGAAUGAGCAAAUCCGAAUGAUAGUUAGCAGUCAGGCAAAGUUUGGACGGGAUUUGAUGGACCGGUUAUCCUCUGUGCUGGAGAAAGAGCAGGAUCGCAUCCUAAAGGAGGUUGCUGGAUUGGAGAGGUGGUCAGAGGGAGUGAUGCGCGAAUUUGUCUCGCGCUCAGAAAACAGUGCCGGACGUAUGUCGCCGCUUGUGGCAGGUGUGAGAGACAGUGUGCAAGGGUUCCAGCGGCAGCGUAAGCAGGACCUUGAUUUCUUUAACGAGUUCUCGGCCACGACCUUCUCUAACGCUAAAGAGAUUGGGAAAGAUUGGCAAAGUCUAUGCAACAGACUGGAUGACGACGAGUUACCAAAGACUCUCGCACAAGAGCUGGAGACGACAAUUGGCACCCUGGUUGCUGUGCGGGACAAGACAGACAACCUCAUCAGGGAAAAUGCAGGCUUGCAGCAACGAACAAUGGAAGGACUGUUUAGCAGCGUCGAUCGACUCGCCAAUUUCCAAAGCGGAUGCAUCCACGGUUGGCCAGCAACAUCAGAGGAGCAGGAGUCAACGGAACGGGGGUCAAGGAGGGACGCAGGAUCAGGGAGGAACGCUGAGUCACGGAGGGAGGCGAGGGAGCAGGAAGCGAGUGUGGAACAGCCCAAGGAGUAUAUCCAGAGGGAUGAUGUUCCGAACGGUCAAUGCGAUGAGGACGCCGGCAUGAAUCUGGAAGAGGAGGGAACUGAGAUAGCGAAGCAAGUGGAUGACGAUGGAGGCGGUCAGUUGCACUCGCUGGAUCAAUUGGCGUUGAGGUUGCGAGAGACGCUAGGUGUAGAGCGACUGUCGGCGCUCAAGUCUUUGAUCGACUUCCAGUUGGAGUUCCGAGAAGGGAUUGUGAACGAGUUCCAGGACAAGAUUGGCGAGGCGCAGAACGUGGCUACACAGUGCAAAACGAAUGUGCUGAACGGCUGCCCUACAGAGGCGGUCUUCUCCCUGGAGUUUUACCGUGAACAAGAAGAGGAAUCCGUUGCCACGACCAAGUCUUUUUUUAUAUAA